AUGUCUGGGGAUUCAAGCCUGGUCGCCUGCCUGGUUGAGCGGCUGUCCAGCAGGCUGCCGCACGUCACCGGAACGAGCAGCCAAAGCCCCCUGGAGGAUGAAGUGCUGCAGAUCGCGAGGUCGACGCUCGUCGACCUGAGCAAGGCGUCCAUUGGCAUCAUACUGGAGUCGCUGGUGGGACUGCUCGAAGAGCUCGCGCGCCCCUACAGUGCCGUCUCGGAUCAUCCCAGCCAUGUGCUGUCGUCGGAGCUCUUUGUGCUGAGCUUGGCGGCAGACUGCUGCUCUGCCAAUUGGAGCGCGCAGCCCAACGCCCCGGACGAGGACAUAGCCUUGCCGUCUGCCCCCCUGAGUGAGCGGCUUGUUGGCCGCAUCUUUGAUGCUCUCAAGGACCUGCUGGAGCCUAUAUCCGACAACUACAUGCUCUCAGCACAUGUGCUCCUGGAUCAGAGUAUCGGGGGCAGCACCAGCGCGGCCCGCUGGUCCGGCGAGGCGCCGCAGGACGCCCACAACGAACAAUUCGAGGCCGAAAGCCGCCUUGCGUCGUACCUCGACCAGGUCGAGACGCCUGUCAAGACAUUCGUGGGUUAUGUCACGGCCUCCAGUUGGUCGCAUUCGUUUGGCUACCUCAGGGAUGUCAUAUACAACGUCCGUGUCUCCGCAGCGGCGGAUGCAAACUCGGAGGCUUGGAGCUCCCAAGAUCCAGGGAGAGGCUCGCUCAUCAUCGUGCGGCUGAUUUCCUCCUUCUGGGUCGACGGCGCCAAGCUUGGCCUCAUCAUCCAGGAGAUAUGCUCAAGCUUCCUCCACUUCCGGAAGUCAUAUCAGAAUACCGUCGCCGCGACCAUGCCGUUGCUGAUAGCUCGAUGGAUUGACCGAUAUCCGCAGGAGUUUGUCCGUCUACACCGUCUACACCGGCGGCUUGACGGAGGCGCGGAUACUCUCUUCGACAUGACCCAAACCGUGACUGACAAUGGUAGACGCAAGGCUCUCCUCUUCCCUCUGCAAACAACCCUUCUUUUCCUCAUGCCUGACGUGUUCGAGGUCGCUAGUAACUUGAGGGAGGCCAAGAGCAACAAUAUCAUGAAGAAGGUGUCAUUUCUGGAUGGGCUGCGUAAAACCAUGAAGAACGGGAACGAGCAGGCUGGAUACUGUGUCAUCUCCCUGCUCCGUGCGGCACGGCACUUCAGCGCAGAAAGCGACUCUGCGCUCGUCAGUUAUGCCAUGGACGUGCAGGACGAAGUUCGGGACGCAGUGUUUCGCCAUUCCGCGACGAAUUCGCCCUCUGCCCACUUUGACCAGAAUAUGAUUACUGCCGCUUUCAUUACUCUAGCGCAUCUGAACCUGGACGUGUGUAUUGAUACUGUCCUUGAUACCUGUAUCUCGCCUUCGUCGCCGCAUAGUUUCAAAGUCGCUGUUAUCCAAGCCUGCUGUCAUCUUGCGAAUCAGCCAGACGCUACCAGAUAUAAUGAACUCUUCAACGAAGCUCUUCCCUUUAUUCAGUCACAGCUAAAGACUUGUGUAGCCGUGUCGUGGGAUCCAGCGGUAAAUCUCAGUAAUGAGACCAUCAACAUGGCGCGCAGCAUCCUCAAGUUUCUCGGUGCUCUACCCACGCCUCUGUUGAAUGAGCUGAAUCGUCAGACGCAGACGAUUGACACUCUGGGGCCCUUCAUGUUCACAGUCAUCUCAUCCAACAAGACUAUUUGCCAGACUGCAACCGAAGUUGCCGAGAGGCUCUUCACGGAGCACCCAGAGGCUGUCAAGUCCUUCAAUGAGCAAAGCCACCCCGAUAUCAUUGACCUACGUGAGACGUUCUGGGCUCGAAGCUCCAAGGUUCUGUUAGAGCUGUGUGACCGCAUGGUUCAUCCCAGACUCUCUGAGUUGACGACGAUGCGCGAUUACCUCAAAGCACGUCUCACACUACUGAGAAAUAUACCGGAGUUGACUCGCCUUUCCAAGGAGCUCCCUGACAUGGCCGCCGCUUCCUCCAAGUUGGAGACCGUUCUUCUGGUGUCCCUCUGCUCCGCCGACAUUGACGUCUGUCAGCUGGUGACUUCUUGUAUCGGCCUUUUUGUGGCAGAGUGCUCUUGCAUCGGCGAGUCCUCUGAAGCUAUCAAGUCUUCAGCCUCGGUCCUCCGCAACGGGGAUAUUUUCCGUGAGAUCGCCUCUCCGGCUUUCCGCUUCACCGGACUGGUCGCCUUUCAGAAACGCAUUCGAAACCUCCUGCGUCGCAUACAGUUUCCUACAUCAGGCAUAUUGGAUGCUUGGGAAAUGGCCUUCGAACGUUGGAUAUACUUGGUUCAAAAAGUCUCGGCGCUUCAUCCCAACUCCGUCGAUGACCGAUUGUUGUCAGAGUGGCGAAACCUCUCAGGUUUCCUUGCCUCUCUUGGGGGCGUCUGUACUGCCGACCAGCCCAUCAUUCUGGAAGAACCGUCGCUCCAGAACCUGAAGUGGAUCGAUCGAUCCUCGCCUGAGCAGUCUGAAGAGUCAUCCCUCAAACGCUAUCUCAAGUUGGCUAUCCAGCUCCUGGCGUGUGCAAACGUCAGAGUUCGUGAAGCUAUGCGCGAAAUCCUAUCGAGUGAGGUAUCAUCAGUUCUCUAUCCCGCCUUGUUCAAAGCUCUCGAGUCAGAAUUAGAUGUGCUGUUUGCCGGUGUCCUCGCUCCGGCAGACAAGGCUCAGGAGACGGACAUAAUAUUCGCAGAGCAGGCCGCUUCUCUCUUGAAAACGUUGGUCGAAAGACUGGAGAUUCCCGCCGACUUGGGAGCGGCCUCGUCAGUUCACCUGGGCCUGAUGACGCUGAAUUUUGCCAAAUUCAUCGACGGAAUCGCAGAUACCGCGAAUACGCUACGUGUCAAGAUAAGGGUCUGUCAAUUGUGUGAGGCCGUGACGAAGAGAAAGGAGCAUCUGAACCUCCGCGAUGAUGUGCAUAUUCGGAACCAGCUCCUUGAGUACACCAUCGGCUGGAUAGAUCGACCACGGUCACCGCAUGCGGACCAGGCCGGCAUAGGGGGGAAACCGGAUGACCUGAACAGGGUUCAGAAGGACCUUGACAAGGCCUGCUUGCGAUCCCUUGCUGAUCUCACCUUUCGCCUACCGCUGCAGCCCGCUGACAGUCAGUCAGAUGUCGGGAUGAGCGAGAUGAAGUCCCAGAUGUUCCACAACUACUUCAAUCGCUUCCUUUCUCUGUUGAAUAACGAGUCUGCUGAAACAAGUAGAUCAGACCUUUCUGCAACUCUGGCUGGCCGGGAUGAGGUAAUAUCCAACUCAGACUUGGCCAUCACCAUCCUCUCCAAUCUGCUCAGCGCAAACAUCGAUGUUGGUCUCAAGCAUUCCAUCAAUAUCGGUUAUCACGACAAUGUGGAAAUCCGAACGGCCUUCGUCAAAGUUCUCUACAACAUACUCGUCCAAGGGACAGAGUUCAGCAAUUUGACAGACUCGGCUGUUAGUAAGAAAUACGAGGAGCUCUUAGAGCUACUCACAAAAGAUCUAUCCCUGCCUGCUUCGAUGAUGUUCGAGCAGCGAGGCCUCAUAUUCGAGCUGUUUGAGGCGCUCAUCCGAGCUGAAAUUGAGCAGACUGAAAACGAGACGGAGAUUUUGCGUCGAAACUGCGUCGCGACCAAGAUGCUGUCUGUCUACGCGAGAUGGAAAGGUUUCGCCUACUUGCAGGGAACUCUCCAUAAAGUCCUCGAACGACUCAUGCUCACAUCGCAAGACUUGGACUUGGAGCUCGAUCCGGCCCGGGUCGGCACUCAGGAAGAACUGCAAAAGAAUGCCCUCCAGCUUCAGAUCGUUGCCAAAGUCUUCAUGGACGAUAUCUGCGCCUCUGCUGCCAAUAUCCCCCCCUCUUUCAGGAAGAUUUGCAGCAUAAUUUCAGAUGCCGUUUUGCACCGCUUCCCCAACGCCAAAUACACUGCCGUCGGUGCCUUCAUCUUUCUUCGUUUCUUCUGUCCCGCAAUCGUUGCUCCGGAAGUCGAAGGGCUCGUGCCGACGCCUCCAUCAAAGGAAAUGCGGCGAGGACUGCUGCUGAUAGCGAAGAUUAUCCAAAACUUGGCCAACAACGUCCUAUUCGGAACCAAGGAGCCUUACAUGUUCCCACUGAACCUCUUCUUAGUCCAGAACAUUCAUGUCGUGAUGGGAUUCCUGCGUGAAAUAUCGAUUCCGCCAAGUCAUAUUGAAAUCAGUAGUAACAAAAAGGCCAUUGAUUUCGGCUCGUGCGUGGCUUUGCAUCGAUUUCUCUACGAUCACUGGGAUCACCUUCAGCAGAUUCUCGUUGCCAAAGAUAGGAGAGAUUAUGUCAGGUCUCCUGGAGAGCAUGCUCGCGGUCGGUCCCCGACCAUGGAACCUCUGCGAAAUCUCAUUGCAAAUCUCGGCCCUCCCCCCUUGGCCAUAUCAUGGAAUCGCCCACAGAUCUCGACGAACAGCCCGCCCUUGUAUUCCCGAUUCCAGAAUUUCAUGCUUCGAAAUGCCUUCCGUGGUACGGAAUCUUAUCUGACGUCCCGUGCGGUGUAUGACGGCGGCGAAAGCAAGGAUGGACUCUCGAUUAUCUGCAUUAUCCUACGGCACAUCGAGGCUGAUAAUAUCGAUUAUGAUACCAUGCUUUACUGCUAUCUCAAGAUCGCCAGCAGGCUUUGGCAUGAACCCUUCGGGCUCUUCAUAGAUGCUACAUGCUACAAUGGACGGAACGAUCCCCAGGAUGAAUUCUUCAAGAUGCUGGAUCUCCUAACUCCCUCAGAGCUGACGCUCAACCUCACCAGGGUCUACGUUUACAACAUGAACAGCGCUUUCAGGAGAUGCUUCCGACACCUUUUGCGGGUUUCUACGAGAAGUGAUAGCAGUGCCUUCCAUCCGAGAAACGUGGAAUACCACUUGAUAGGAAGCCUCCAGGACCUUCAAGCUCAUUUCCACCUCAGUCAACUCCAUCUUCCCAAAGAAACGAUCAGCGUCGUCACAGAUACUCGUUACAUGUUCCAGCCCGUCACGAGGCUCUCCAAGUCAAAGGGAAGGGUAGAUGUCGCAAUCAAGGUUGGAAGCCAGUUCGUCCAAGUGACGACGACCAAGAAACAGGAGGUUUUGUCCGGUCUCCGUCUCAGUACCACCGUCAACGAUAUCUUCCGACUGGGGGACGUGGACGAGGCAACAACAACAACAUCACUGCAAUCAGAGGAUGAUUCGUCCUUUGGGCUUCGCGCAGAUGGCGGGAAAAUCGUCAUGUACUUUACCAGCCCAAAGAAGGCAGACGUGCUCCAGACCAUCCGCAGCGCCAAGAGCAAGCACGGAAAGGAGAAUCGCACAUACAAGCCGUUUGAACGGCUUAUGCGUCCCCAAGACGUGCCCGGCACAUUGCUUAAUCUUGCCUUUACAAAUCUCUUGAGUCCGGACCGGUCUCUAAGAUUGGCAUCAUAUAAUCUGCUGGGAGCUCUCUGCAGGGCCUUCAAAUUCAGCGCAGAUUCCCGAUUGUCAUGUGCAAAAGACAUCUCUAUUCCGGCUGAUCCCACAAAAUUCGUUGUUGAAAUUAGCAGGAUCCUGGCCACCACGCAGCCACAGCUGACGUCUGAUUUCCUGACCGAGUUCUUUGUUGGAUGGGAAAGCUUUCCUGAAGAGCAAAGGCCGCUCAGCCUGGCGUACAUGUCACCCUGGCUUGGUGGCCUUCGAACGAAUAUCUUGACAAGUGAACAAGACAGCGAAAAGGGAAGAGACAAGGUCGCCACCCUCCUAAGGAAGAUGAUCGACGUUAUUGUUCUAGACCAACACCUCGUUUAUCCUCUUCAGCACUUUGUCCUACCCUCAAUCACCAAUGACGAGCUGCUCCUCGACAUAUUCCUCGAUGAGCUCAUCAAGACUGCUCUAAGCUAUGGGGCUCAUGAAGAGUCCUUGGACGUCAUUGCACCUGUCGUCACUGGAAUCGGGACUGUAACCAUUCGGGGGAGAAUAUUCUCCCGACUGCGCAAAACCCUCAAUCGUUCAUCACUGAGGCCGACGAGAUAUCUGCAGGACAGCCCAGUCUGGGCAGAGAUUUGCGUUCUUCUCCAGUUUUGCGUUGCUUUGUCGUUCGAUAGCGGUGUUCAGUCCCGGCUAUUCUUGCCCGAAAUCUUCCAUAUUGUCACGAUGCUGGCAAACACGGGCGACAAUGGCGUUCGCUCUCUCGUGUACAAGCUGUUAAUCAAUUCGGUUCAUUCAAUAUGUACGGCGUUCAACUUGGAUGAGGCGAAGCUCACCAAGCUGAAAGCGAACCUUGACAUUCUUUGUGAGCCCCGAGGCGAGGCGUUUUCGUUGACGACGUCGACCAUUCGCGACGGCGCCUCCGUCUCCACGGCACACGACUCAAGCUCGACACUCGCAGCAACUGAGAACUUGACUGUCAUCCUGUUUGACAUAUGCUCCAUUGCAGCGCCUUCGGUUGACUUGGCGAAUAGCUGGAGAUCACGCUGGAUGAGCCUGGUAGCCAGCACCGCCUUUCAGAACAACCCGGCUGUGCAGCCGAGGGCUUUUGCGGUAAUGGGAUACCUGGCUCGUGAAGAGGUGGACGACGACCUGCUAUACCAAGUGCUCGUUGCCCUGCGCAAUAGUAUCGGUCAGUUUGGCGAAGAUGGGAAUAGCGAAAUGCUAAUCUCCAUCGUGACGUCGUUGUCUAAGAUGAUGAUCAAGCUCCCUUCAUCCUCUCGCUACGGUCUUCAGCUCUUCUGGCUGGCCAUGUCUCUCGUCCGACUUGUCCCCAUUGGUCUCUUCAACUGCACAGCCCAGUUCCUUGAGGCAGUCUUGACCAACCUCGGCGCCGUGUGUAGUGCUACUGGGGAGAAGUUUGUUUCGCUUCUUUUGCAAAGCCGCGGCCAGCUUGAAGAGGCCGCAUUGCCGCUGGACGAUGCGUAUGGAAUCCAUUUCGAUCACGAGAGCUUUCACUUUGCCGUCUGCGCUUGCCUGGUCCGCGGGCUCACUGAUACAUCAACACGCCCAACGGCAAUCCGCGUUCUCUCCGCGUUCGUGGAGAUUGCCAACUCUACCACUGUGCCUCCUGCAUCCAAGGAUGAUCCCACAACGGAUUCUUUGCCAUAUCUCGCCCUGAUUUCGGCACGGGGCGUUCUUCCCGAGGACUACAGGGACGGCCUCUGGAUAGCUGGAGUGGGUUCUGAGGACGCCGGCAACAUCACGACGCUCACCGGCCGCCAAAGAAUGGACAACGUAAGGGACAGAGACUUGCUACUCAUCUCCGCUAUUGAACUAGUUGACUUCCAAUACCUUGAGGAACGAGUACAGGUCCGGAGUCUGCAAUGGCUGAACGAGCUGGCCUUGCAGCGGCCCUUGGUCUUUGAACAACUGUGCGGCGCAAUACCAUCAUUGAUAGAGGAGGUACUGUUACACAGUCAAGACACAAGCGCUCUAAAGGCCGCCAACACUUUGCUGCGCACAAUUGCCUCGGACGCAACCUUCCAGGACAAGAUGGGCUCAAUGCGCCCACUUAUAGACGCAUUACAUGAGAUGGGCUUCACAGGGCUGUGGCGGUUCUCCUCUCAGGAUCUCGGGGAGGAGAUACGGCGCGAGUGUUUCGAUUUAACAGAGAGGUUAAUAGAGUUAUUUAAAUUUAUUUAA